AUGGACAUGGUGAACCAGACGUAUGAGAGGUGGUUGAGAUCUACGCCGCUCGAGCGGCUGAGCAUCAUUCCACAGGGAGCAGAGAAGCUGUCAGAAGGACGAUGGUCGAGGCUGAACGCCCGUGUGGCGUCCAUGUUGCUCGCAGCAAUGUCAGUGGAAAUGAAGACGGAGAUGGCCGUUAACAUGAGUGCACCGGAUGCUUCAGUGUUGGCAAAGGGUUUGAUGAACCUUACCGACCGCUACAUCAACCAGUCCACAGAUGUGGAAAAGCUGCAAGUUCUGGAGAGCUCUGCAAAUACUUCGCGAAGUCUUCAGGAUGCCGACGAGGAGAUCGAUGCAGAGCCAGUUCAGGGCACUCCGUGGACCAUUGAGACACUCAUCCAAGCUGCGCAGCAGGUGGUUCAAGGUGCUGAAGCUACGGGACAUUCGAGUGUGUUCUAUGAUGGAAACGACUACGGCGACCGGAAGCUGGAGCAGCUAAAGAACGAGACUUUGACUACAAGGGACAAGCUGGGAGUUUCGGCUAUGGCUAUGGAAAAGCAUUGGAACCACUAUCUCUAUGACUAUGUGGCCACUGGUUCGUUUGAGUCAGGAUUACGAGCCGUCCGUGAUGCCCCGUUCUUCGAGGACCUUCCGGGUGCGUGCAUUUCAGGAAUGGUGCCUAGUGGAGGACUGCAAUAUGGGUGGGACAUCUUCAAGUUGAAUGGGUUUCUUACCCGAGCACAGCGAAGGAAGGUCAUGGGUAGCAAGCGAUGGGUGGUUCAUCUCUUUGCCGGGGAUGUUGGUCACUGGCAGGUGCUAAAGCUGGACCAAGGCGAAACCUCAGUGAUCGAGCUGGAUAUGGCCAGAUGCGGUGGUCAUGAUGUUUGGCGUGAUGAGACAUGGCGAAUGUUACUGUGGGGAGCGAAGAAUGGAAAAGUGGAUGUGGUUAUGGGAGGUCCACCAGGUCGAGCCCUACAGCAUUGCAAAGGUGGUGAGCGAGAUGUGAAGUCCUUAAAGUUGAUUGCUCGCAUGAUGUGGUUGUUUGCCGUGGCUCAGGUGGGUCGUGAGUUGAACAACACCGGGAUCAAUAAGAACAGGGAUGUGGGCUUCAUGAUUGAGUACCCGGAGGGUGUCCCCGCAGCCGAGCGUCGUAAUCAGGAACAGCAGGUGAGACAGGCCGAGGAGGAGGUGCAAGAACCAGGGAUGAGUCCUACGGUUGCCUCAUGGGAAGAAACCCGACGCUACUGGGAUCAGGUUCAGCGACCUCGGUGGGAGGCCUACGCUGGUCAUGCCACAGUGAAUGCUGGGGUUAGUUUCUGGGACACGAGGAUGCGGAAGGCGUUUCAGCGAGAAGGAGCGCUUAGGAUGAUCCUGCUCCACUUCGUAGCGACCAAGAUCAUGUAUGGGCUCUGGGAUUGGUUGGAGGAGUCGGACGACAGCACCGACGGGUGCACCAUCCGGUUAUUCAUUGAGCAGUAUGCAGGGCAUCCUCCACCAGUGGGCGAUGGAGUAGGUGCAAUACCAAAGGGAAUGGACGACGCAGAGAACAAAGAGGAGAACCGCAAGGAGCUGGUUUUAUCGGAGCAGCAGGAGAAGGACUUGCGUGAGUUGUUUGGUGACUCAGAGCAGCUUGAAGGAUCAAGCAGUGUGGUUCCUCAUGUCCAAGUUGUUGGAGCUCCAGGUGAGGACAAUGCUGGAAGCCUGGACGUGGUUGAUGACGAUGAGUAUCAGCCCUCAGAGCCUCCCGAUGAAGGUGAAGAAGGAUGUGAUGAUCCAGAUGAUGUACAAGACUUAAUCAUGCAGAAUGGAGACUGUGUUCCUCCAGAGAUGACCUACUUGACUUUUGCCACGGCCCUACCGAACAACAAGGGUGUCACCGUGAAGCGGGCAUUACAGGAUGUGGUGUU